AUGGAUGCUCAGUAUCACGUUGAAAUAGCCGUAGAUUUAGGUGAACAACUUGUGAAACGUGGUCAGGCAAUUAGAGUUAAACAAUCACACAUCAGAGAAGCUGCGAGAUGCGAACAAACCUUAUUCAAUGCUCAUUUCAUUGAGACUGUCGGUGAUAUAGACUUGAAUGUUCUAUUAGAAUAA